CCACCCGUUUCACACUCGUACAAGUCACUGCAUGAAAACUUUACGCGCACUGAACCAACGCUGUGAACUGAAGCAAGAAUGCGCGGAGGCUGUGCUUUGAAAUCAAAGUGAGAAUCGGCACGCUUGUUGGUUUCCGGGUGUAUAGGUUUUUUUUUUUUACUUUUUGUUUGGGAAGUGAUGACACUGGAGCUGUCGGCAGGACUAUGAGCGACCACGACAUCCUCGAGAUGGAGUCCGACAUGGAGGAUCUGGGGGAUAUAGAGCUGGGCAUGAUAGAUGAGGAAGUUGUAUACCCAGAGGAGUUUUUACCAACUUAUCACUCUAUCAAAGAAGGAGGAAACGUAAUUAAAGCACAAGAGGUAGAGUUUAAUGACAAACCAGACUCCCUGUUCUUCAAUGAUGGUGUUAGGAGGAUUGACUUUGUCCUGGCGUAUGAAGAUGAGGAAAAGAAGGAAUAUGAGAAGAGGCAUGUGUUACAGAGACGCAAGAGACGGCGAGAAUACUUUGAGGCCAGCCUGAUGAAGAUGGGCAUGGAGUUGGAGGCCACACAGUCUGUUUUAGAUGAAAAACUCAUGUUUUUGAAAGUUCACAUGCCAUGGGAUGUGCUGUGCACCUAUGCCGAGGUCCUGCAUAUCAAGCUUCCCAUACAGCCCAACGACAUGCCGGCCCGCCCCUCCCCGUUGCGCUUUUUCUCCUGCAUCACCAAGCACUUCUAUCCCGAUGAGAAACUGAUCAGUAAGGAGUCCGAGUUCUUCACCGCCCCCUUUGAGAAGGAUCGACAAGAUCUCUUCUGUAUCAAGGACAAAGAUCUCUUUUUCACUCCAUCGAUGAGGAGCAGGAUGGCGUAUUACAUCCUGAGCCGAGCCCCCUAUGAGAUACGAGGCAACAUAAAGAAGUUUGGCAUCACCAAACUGCUGGACAGUGGAGUUUACAAAGCGGCCUAUCCCAUCCACGAUUGUCGGUUCAAUGUCAAGUCCCAAGAACCAGAGUGUCCCAAUGAAAGAUACCUGCUCUAUGAAGAAUGGGCUCAUCCCAAAAGCUUCUACAAGAUCCAACCGCUGGACCUCAUACGGAACUACUACGGGGAGAAGAUUGGCAUCUACUUUGCCUGGUUGGGUUUCUACACGAGAAUGCUCACUUGGGCUGCUGUUGUUGGGAUUGGCUGUUUCUUCUACGGGUACUAUACCCGGGACACCAGCACCUGGAGCAAAGAAGUGUGCGACCCUGAUAUUGGGGGAAAAAUAGUCAUGUGUCCACAGUGUGACACGUGCCAAUACUGGACAUUAAACAGCACCUGUAACACUUCGAAAAAUCUUUGCAUAUUUGAUAACUUUGGAACGUUAGUGUUUGCAGUUUUCAUGUCAGUCUGGGUGACUUUGUUCCUAGAGUUCUGGAAGCGCUACCAGGCAGAGCUGGAGUACGAGUGGGACACUGUGGAGUUCCUGGAACAGGAAGAGCCACCUCGCCCAGAAUAUGAAGCCAAAUGUAUCUAUGAGAGGAAAAACCCCAUUACAGGGGUGAAGGAAAAGGUGCCAUACACAGCCUGUGGACGAUGUGUCCGUGUGUCGAUAGGAAUGACAACAGUCAUUUUCUGGAUAAUGUUGAUCCUGGCAUCUGUUGUGGCCAUCACUGUAUACCGCCUGGCUGUCUUCUUUACUUUUUCUCGUGAACUGAGGAAUACAAACUUGACAAUUGCUGAGCCAAUAAAGGAGUAUGUGACACCUCAGAUGGCCACUUCUGUCACAGCAUCACUGAUUAGCUUUGUUGUAAUCAUGAUCCUCAAUAUUCUAUAUGAGCGGGUCGCCAUCUGGAUCACAGACUUCGAACUUCCACGAACCAAGACGGACUAUGAGAACAGCUUGACUCUGAAGAUGUUCCUCUUUCAAUUUGUCAACUAUUACUCCUCAUGUUUCUACAUCGCCUUUGCAAAGGGGAAAGCAGUUGGCUAUCCAGGAAAGCCUGUUUAUCUUUUGGGAAAAUACAGAAAUGAGGAGUGUGAUCCGGGUGGUUGUUUGAUUGAGCUGACGACUCAGCUGGCAAUCAUCAUGGGUGGAAAAGCCAUCUGGAACAACAUCCAGGAGGUCUUGAUACCGUGGUUGAAGAAUUUAAUUUAUCGCCACUGUGUCCAUGUGACAUCGGAGAAAGUGAUUCCUCGCUGGGAGCAGGACUACCAGCUCCAACCCAGCUCAAAACUAGGACUGUUCUACGAAUACCUUGAGAUGGCCAUCCAAUUUGGCUUUGUGACCCUGUUUGUGGCCUCCUUCCCUCUGGCUCCGGCCCUGGCUCUGCUCAACAAUAUAAUAGAAAUUCGGGUUGAUGCUUGGAAAAUCACCACUCAGUUUCGCCGUGAUGUGCCAGAGAAGGCACAGCACAUAGGAGCCUGGCAGCCCAUUCUUCAAGGCAUCACUAUCCUGGCUGUGGUAACAAAUGCCAUGAUCAUUGCUUUCACGUCGGACAUGAUCCCACGGCUGGUCUACUACUGGUCUUUCUCAGUGUACCCCUACGGCAAUAAUACUGAAAACACCAUGAAGGGCUACAUCAACAGCUCGCUGUCGGUAUUCAGUACCAACGAUUUUCACCCAGUUGAUGAUGAAUAUAUCUACACGCCUCCCAACCUAACCACUUGCAGGUAUCGAGAUUAUCGGUUUCCCCCCGGGCACCAAAGACAGUACGAAUACAACAUGUUCUACUGGCACAUGUGAUCGCUGCCAAAAUGGCUUUUAUAAUUGUUGUGGAGGUGAGUAGAAACUAAAUAAAUAGAAACCGAUCACGUCAGAAAAGGAUAAUUUAAGAACAUGCCAAUGGAAGUGUUCACUUCUUUUUUUGUGUGUGUGUGUGUUCGCAGCACAUUGUUUAUUUUACCAAGUUCAUCUGGCCUACAUAAUCCCCGACGUCCCGUAUGCUGUUAAAGAACAAAUCAAACGGGAAAAAUACCUGACCCAGGUGAUCCUCCACGAGACCAACCUGAAGCUGGUGUCCAAACGUUUGAAGGCAACUGAAACUGAAACUGAAAGCUGAGCAUUUACAAAAGUAGGACUUGGAGGUGGAUGAAAACGGAUGGGACACGAAAGCAGAACCUUUUAAGUGUGUCACAAGAAGAGUGUUCUUUUUCUCUGUAUUCAAUUCAGUUUUAUUUAUACAGCACCAAAUCACAACAACAGUCACCUCAAGGGGCUUUAUCUUGUAAUGUAGACCCUACAAUAAUAUUAUGAUUACCAAGUUAAUAAAGCAUGAACUGCCUGACAGGAAACACCAUCCUUGAGGAACUGCAGGACGGCGAACGGAUAAACCAGAAAAACCACUGAUGUGUAGUCUUCCCUAACCACUAUUUUCUUGCCCUGGACUGCCUUGAUGUGUUUGGUGGUGAAAACGCACUUUAAGAGUCUUGUUUUUCUGGUGAAAUAAAUUUAGCAGUCCCUUUAAAUAUAAAGAUAACAGCACAGGUGGAAAAGGCUGCAGCAGAAUGCCAAAUAUGAACUUUUGGCUCAAGAAAUGUGAAUUGUAACUUUUUUUUUUUAAAUUACAAAAACCACAAAUCCGUCUUGACGUUAAAGACCAAAACACAAAUACUAAAAUCAAGAAAAAUGUAACAUUUAGCACAUUGGUGAUUUUUUUUUUAAUUUUAAAUUAAUUGCCAUGCUGUAUGUUUUAUGCAUUGACUUUUGCAACCGGAUUUAUUCAAAAGGGGGGAAAAGGCAGGUAAGGACGUCAAAUCAGUGCUUUCAACUGUGAAUCGUUUAGUUUUUUUUUCCUUCUUUCAGCUCUUUCACAUAUUUUUCUUGGCUGUUACAGAGAUGACCUUUCAAGUCAUACCAAAGGAUACAUUAAUCUUGAGCAUUUUUUUUAGUUAUGCUAUUCUUUUUGCUUGUUUUGGGUAUAUCAGACUAGAGCAGUUCUCACUUUAGCAUCUCACUCUGUCCACCUUCCUCCACAUGGGUGUGUACAGCUUUCGCACACAUUUAAUAAUCACCAAUAUUGCAAAAUGCAGAUGUGCAGUGUUGGUAUAAUGCUUUUGUCACCUCUGUUAAAGAGCUCACAAUGUUGCACGGCAUAAAUGUGCAGGAGAUUGUCCCCUUUAAACUUUACAUGUGUUUAUUUUGUGAGGUGGGGGUUCUAGUAAGGAGAAUAAUCAACAAGUUUUGUAUAUAAAAAAUAUGUUGAAGUGGGGAAAACAUAAUAUAUCCUAUGAAAAAACUUUGGUGAAUAUAAGUCUUGUGUAUGACCACUGCACUUCAUUUUUUAUUCUGAAAUGAUGGUUCAGGCCUUUUUAUGUUAUCCCGUGUCAGUCAUGAAAGUACCUCUUUUAAUCCACUUUGUCCUGAACGUAAGUAUAAUCACCAGUAACAGUAUCAUAUAUCAAUAUCUUUAUUGUCUUGUUGUUUUAUACGGUCAUUAAAUUGUUUUUUAUAUAUAUC